ACGACGGAGUCGUGAUUUUGAAAAUUGGCGCCUCGAUCUUCAUUUGUUUGUAUUUUCUGUUUCGUCUCGCCGGAAGUCCAGACAAGUCCAAACUUGUUUGUCCCAUCCCUCUCCCGUUUAUAUGUUCUAGGUGGCGCUCACCUCUCCCCCGCGCCCUUUUCUAUUGUCUUAUGUCGCCCUACCCCUAAUUGUGAGGCCUAAAGAAUUUCGCCUCGUUUUCGCCAGUCUGGCCGUAGCAGCCCCCUUGGAUGGUCAGCCUCGUCGUCGUCGUUUACUUUAAUUUUGUUCGUUUGUUCGCCCUGCCUCGUGCAGAAUUUGAUUGUGUGUUUUCGGCUUCUUUCAUCCGAAGCCAUCGAUUUGUACUGUUCGUGAUUAAUUGUAUUUUUGCUGUGAAUACAAUUCAGUGCAGCGAUUGCUGCAGAGUUGGCCGGCAAAACUUGUGUUCGAGUUUUCUAUCCAACAUUUUAUGGUGCAUCGACCGGGAAAGCCUUCCCAUCGUGCCUGCCGUCGUUUCAUCGUCAUCACCAGCCUGGUAACUUUCCGUGCCGUGUCCUGUUUUUGCUGCCGUGUUCCCGUUUUGCUGUUCGGCCGAUAUCUUCCACGCGGUCGGUUUCUGCGUUGCUGUUCAUCCGAUAUCUUCCCUCGUGGCCGGUUUCUGCGUUGCUGUUCGGCCGACACCACCCCCGCGGUCGUUUUUUUGCUGUACGGCCGUUGUCAUCCCUGUGGCCGUGUUCGCGCAUCUGAUCGGCCCAUAUCAUCCCGUUGCUGCGAAUCUUGGUGGCCGUGCCGCCUACUUUUUCUUCAUUUAUUUCCAGCUGCAGCUUCACCAUUCCUCGCGGGAAGAACAGUCCGGCCUCUAAGGCCAGGUGGAAGCUUAAAAGAAAACUAUUCCGCCAAGCCCUUCUCCAUCGGCAACACAUAAUCGACAGAGAAGUCGGUUUUCAUGAACGGGCAGAAGAGACUACUCGAAGGAUUGUGGAACAAAGAAGGCAACAAGCUGCCAAAAUGAAUCCUGAGAUGAAUCAGCCUCCACCAUUGGAACCUUCCGGAAAAGAAGUUAAUAUUCCAGUGCCGGAUCGAAUUGAACCUCAACGGAUUCGUUUGGAUAAUUUCCGAAAUCCUUGGAGCCGUGACCUUACUGGAAAACCGUCGCGAUUGCAACGACCCGAACGAGCAAGUCAACCUGAUCAACGUCCGCGUCCAGCUCAAGAUCGUCCGAGUAGGUCAAGAAUUCCGGUUGUCAAUAAGCAACCUCCAUCUCGUUCGUCUCGUCCGGCCGUCGUGAAACCUUCCGACUUCAUUCCACCAACUGGCAAGGAUCGUUUUUAUCAUCCAUACAGUCCCAGGCCAGUUCGUCUUCGGCAGCGCUCUAUCACACCUCCAGGAUAUCCGGAAUCCGAAGAGGACGAGUUCAUUCCGCGAUUAGAAGAUUGCACGGUGCGCAGCGAAGUUGGUGAUUGCGACUAUCAACCGGAAGAAGAGCCCCAAGUCGAGAAGGAACAAGAACCUCCAGUAAGAAAUUGGAGAAUCCGAAACACGAAGACCAAGGCCGUCCGUCACGUCGCUUCCAGCGAGCUGUUCCGUCCCGAAAAGGCUCAUCGGAUCGUCAACAAAAAAUAAAUUUUCCUGAUUGAUGUAAUUGUCCUUUGAUGGAUAUUAAGUCAUCAAUAUAAAAGUGAAAU